GCGCGGCGCUGCAGCGCGAGGGGCGGAGAGGCAGAGCCGAGAGGACCAGACGCCCAGGUCGCCCGCAUCCCCGUGCCGCAGCCUCGAGAAAGCGCGCCCGGCCCCGCUCGCCAGCCUUCGCCCCGGCGCUCCCCGGCUGCUGUCUUCCCGGCCCAGCGAGCCAGCACCUGUGCAGUGCCUCGGCCUCCUGCGCCGCGCGCCUCACCUCUGCAGCCCAAGAAGUGCUCCAGCCCCGCGCCGGCGCCCACCAUGGCGGAGACCAACAACGAAUGUAGCAUCAAGGUGCUCUGCCGAUUUCGGCCCCUGAACCAGGCCGAGAUUCUGCGGGGGGACAAGUUCAUCCCCAUUUUCCAAGGAGACGACAGCGUCGUCAUUGGGGGGAAGCCCUAUGUCUUUGACCGUGUGUUCCCCCCGAACACGACUCAGGAGCAAGUUUAUCAUGCGUGUGCCAUGCAGAUUGUCAAAGAUGUCCUUGCUGGCUACAAUGGCACCAUCUUUGCGUAUGGACAGACUUCCUCAGGGAAAACCCAUACCAUGGAGGGGAAGCUGCACGACCCCCAGCUGAUGGGAAUCAUCCCUCGCAUUGCCCGAGACAUCUUCAACCACAUCUACUCCAUGGAUGAGAACCUUGAGUUCCACAUCAAGGUUUCUUACUUUGAGAUUUACCUGGACAAAAUCCGUGACCUUCUGGAUGUGACCAAGACAAACCUGUCUGUGCACGAGGACAAGAACCGGGUGCCGUUUGUCAAGGGUUGUACUGAGCGCUUUGUGUCCAGCCCAGAGGAGAUUUUGGAUGUGAUUGAUGAGGGGAAGUCGAAUCGUCACGUGGCUGUCACCAACAUGAAUGAGCACAGCUCUCGGAGCCACAGCAUCUUCCUCAUCAACAUCAAGCAGGAGAACAUGGAGACGGAGCAGAAGCUCAGUGGGAAGCUGUAUCUCGUGGACCUGGCUGGGAGUGAGAAGGUCAGCAAGACUGGAGCAGAGGGGGCCGUGCUGGACGAGGCAAAGAAUAUCAACAAGUCCCUGUCGGCCCUGGGCAACGUGAUCUCCGCGCUGGCCGAGGGCACUAAAAGCUACGUUCCGUAUCGUGACAGCAAGAUGACGCGGAUUCUCCAGGACUCCCUGGGAGGAAACUGCAGGACAACGAUGUUCAUCUGCUGCUCCCCGUCCAGCUACAAUGACGCGGAGACCAAGUCCACCCUGAUGUUUGGGCAGCGGGCAAAGACCAUUAAGAACACUGCCUCUGUGAAUCUGGAGUUGACUGCUGAGCAGUGGAAGAAGAAAUAUGAGAAGGAGAAGGAGAAGACCAAGGCCCAGAAGGAGACGAUUGCGAAGCUGGAGGCGGAGCUGAGCCGGUGGCGCAAUGGAGAGAAUGUGCCCGAGACGGAGCGCCUGGCCGGGGAGGACGCCGCCCUGGGAGCUGAGCUCUGCGAGGAGACCCCCGUGAACGACAACUCCUCCAUCGUGGUGCGCAUCGCACCCGAGGAGCGGCAGAAGUACGAGGAGGAGAUCCGCCGUCUCUACAAGCAGCUGGAUGACAAGGACGAUGAGAUCAACCAGCAGAGCCAGCUCAUAGAGAAGCUCAAGCAGCAGAUGCUGGACCAGGAAGAGCUGCUGGUGUCCACUCGAGGGGACAACGAGAAGGUGCAGCGGGAGCUGAGCCACCUGCAGUCAGAGAACGAUGCCGCCAAGGAGGAGGUGAAGGAAGUGUUGCAGGCCCUGGAGGAGCUGGCCGUGAACUACGACCAGAAGUCCCAGGAGGUGGAGGAGAAGAGCCAGCAGAACCAGCUGCUGGUGGACGAGCUGUCUCAGAAGGUGGCCACGAUGCUGUCCCUGGAGUCUGAGUUGCAGCGACUCCAGGAGGUCAGUGGGCACCAGCGCAAACGAAUUGCCGAGGUGCUGAAUGGGCUGAUGAAGGACCUGAGUGAGUUCAGCGUCAUCGUGGGCAACGGGGAAAUCAAGCUGCCAGUGGAGAUCAGCGGGGCCAUCGAGGAGGAGUUCACGGUGGCACGGCUCUACAUCAGCAAAAUCAAAUCGGAGGUUAAGUCCGUGGUGAAGCGGUGCCGGCAGCUGGAGAACCUGCAGGUGGAAUGUCAUCGCAAGAUGGAGGUGACUGGGCGCGAGCUGUCGUCCUGCCAGCUCCUCAUCUCCCAGCAUGAGGCCAAGAUCCGCUCGCUUACGGAAUACAUGCAGAGUGUGGAGCUGAAGAAGCGGCACCUGGAGGAGUCCUACGACUCCCUGAGUGACGAGCUGGCCAAGCUGCAGGCCCAGGAAACUGUGCAUGAGGUGGCCCUGAAGGACAAGGAGCCGGACACCCAGGAUGCGGAUGAAGUGAAGAAGGCUCUGGAGGUGCAGAUGGAGAGUCACCGGGAGGCCCAUCACCGGCAGCUGGCCCGGCUCCGGGACGAGAUCAAUGAGAAGCAAAAGACCAUUGAUGAACUCAAAGACCUGAAUCAGAAGCUGCAGCUGGAGCUGGAGAAGCUGCAGGCUGACUACGAGAAGCUGAAGAGCGAAGAGCACGAGAAGAGCGCCAAGCUGCAGGAGCUGACAUUUCUGUACGAGCGACACGAGCAGUCCAAGCAGGACCUCAAGGGUCUGGAGGAGACAGUUGCCCGUGAACUCCAGACCCUCCACAACCUUCGCAAGCUGUUCGUUCAAGACGUCACGACUCGAGUCAAGAAAAGUGCAGAAAUGGAGCCCGAGGACAGUGGGGGGAUUCACUCCCAAAAGCAGAAGAUUUCCUUUCUUGAGAACAACCUGGAACAGCUUACAAAGGUUCACAAACAGCUGGUACGUGACAAUGCAGAUCUGCGUUGUGAGCUUCCUAAAUUGGAAAAACGACUUAGGGCUACGGCUGAGAGAGUUAAGGCCCUGGAGGGUGCACUGAAGGAGGCCAAGGAGGGCGCCAUGAAAGACAAGCGGCGCUACCAGCAGGAGGUGGACCGCAUCAAGGAGGCCGUGCGCUACAAGAGCUCCGGCAAGCGGGGCCACUCGGCGCAGAUCGCCAAACCUGUCCGGCCAGGCCACUACCCAGCAUCUUCACCCACCAACCCCUGUGGCACCCGGAGCCCGGAGUGCAUCAGCUACACCAACAGCCUGUUCCAGAACUACCAGAACCUGUACCUGCAGGCCGCUCCCAGCUCCACCUCAGACAUGUACUUCGCCAACUCCUGUAGCAGCAGCGCGGCCGCAUCUUCCGGUGGCUCCUUGGCUCCCUAUCAGAAGGCCAACAUGGACAAUGGAAAUGCCACAGACAUCAACGACAACAGAAGUGACCUGCCAUGCGGCUACGAGGCUGAGGAGCCCGCCAAGCUUUUCCCUCUGCACCAAGAGACGGCAGCCAGCUAAUCUCCCACAGGACGGCUCCGCACCUGCACUGUCAGUUUCUAAGAGGGACCGAGGCCUCUUCUCUCAGCAUGCUGCAAACCUGUGGUCUCCAAUACUAGCUGCCCCCGCCCCUGUCGUCCCGCUGUGCGAUGUUUGAUGUCUGCUCGCUCUGUAUCUAUAGAUCAAAGUUGCUGCUACGUCUCUCUUCUCUGUCUCACUCUCUGAGUAUCUAACCAUGUACUGAGCAAUCGCUAAGCCUAGUCUGCCCUCCUCAAUUGGGGCGAUAGAGAGGAGGGCGCGUGUUCCUUCUGUCUCCUUCAUACCUUUGUCUCUCACACUGAGUGGUAUUAGUUGCUGAUAGAGGUCAUAGAGAUGACAAAAGGAGAAACAGGAGCUGGAGGGCUGCGGCCCUUCUGUGUCUCUGUACACACACACACACACACACACACACGGACACACGGACACACAAAGCCUUAAGCGGAAGAAUGUCUUGGCAUCCUAAGAAGACGCAGAAAUGACUUCCUCGCUCCUCGCUCACGCGCAGCGCAGGGGAGGGUGACGCGGAAGGGCUGCUAAUUCACACACGCUCUCCUUCAGACACCCACCACCUGAGUCGGGGGACCCCAGGGUUUCACCGCCACCCGACUUUUUGCCUCCCUUUGUUUUCCCGAGAAUCUGGGUUGCUCGAGGGGCCGUGUCCCUUUCCCUUCCAAGCUGCUCUUGACAUUUUACAUCCCAGAUCUCACGGCCAGAAGUCAGGGCUGCUUCCAACCGCUGUGAAAAUCCAGGUGGUAGAACCCCGCCCGGCAGCUGUCGGCGGCUGCUCCUCUGCCCACGGUGGUUCCAGGCGAGGACAAGUCAGGAUGACUGACUCCUUGGGUUUGGGGGCUGAACGAGCCCGGAGAGUCCUAAGUGUUUUUGUCACGGCCUCAGGUUGAAGCGCUGAGCUGGGGUCCUUUCUCCCCAACUGGCCUCCAGGUUCUCCCCAGCUCUACCCUUGGAAUUGGGGGCUCCCAGUCCGUUGGCACAAUCUCUCUGGAUGCCUUUCUUACAAGUGGAGCUGGACUUCUCCCUGACAUAUACCCCCUACCCCAAAGAUGUCCUUCUGUGUUGUCCCCAGCUGGUAUUAAGUGCACUUUAAAGAAAAGGGCAGGGCAGGUUUUCCAGGGCCCCCCACUCCAGCCAUCCUCCGCCCACACCCGGUCCCCUCUCCCGCAGGUGGUCCUUUCCUUCCACAUGGUGCUAAGGUGGUUUUCCAGGUAACUACAAGGAUGGAAGCCACUAGACAGUCCAAGCUGAGAAAGAAAGUCUGGUGUCCAGAGCUCCAGUCUGACGUGGGAUGGGAGAUGAGGGUCCUCCAGCAGGACCACCUCGCCACCGCUAAGUCAGGAAAGAAAGCCCAGCGUCAGUGCCAGCUGGUGAACACAGGCCCUGUCGCCUGCCACGCCUUCAGGGAACAUGUCGCUGCCCCCUGUUGGGCCCUUGUUAGCAGUUAAGGGGAAAAAUGACCAGAGGGUAUGGAAUAAAUCCAAAGCAGUGACUUAGACAUUUUUUUUUUUCCGAAACAAAUCUUAACUAGAACCCACUUAUACUUAUUUAUAUAUAUAUAAGUAGUGCAGGCCUGAGCAGUUUGCAUUUUUCUUUGUUUUUUUUUUUUUUUUUGGGGGGGGGGGAUAGAAAGUGUUUCAUUAGUGGAGAAGUACUUCAGCUGUCCUAAGAGAUCCUAAGGGUCUAGAGAGGGAUUUGAAACCACUGCUCUGAAGAAGGGGGUCCAAUCUGGCUCCCCUACACCAAGCCAAAACCCAUGAGGGGGAAAAGGGUGGGUAGGUGAGCCGCACUGUCGGGGCUGAUCCCACAGGAGGGACGACACCUGCGCAGCUGUGGACCUGGGCUGCUCUCUAGGAGCCCAGGGGGUUUGUGUCACCUGCCGCCCACUGGUUCUUUCGGGAAUCAUGGGAGACAGCGUGAAGGUGCGGGGCAGGUGAGGAGGGGCCCGGAGGAGCAGCCGGCUCUGUAGCGAGACGCCAGGGUCUCCUCGCUGACAUCAGCGAGCAACAGCACACACCCCCUCACCAGAAGCUUCACACUCUAUCCUCCCCUGCUCCCCACACUCACCAUGAACUUUCCCCCAGGGCCAGAUGCCCCUUGUGGCAUUUGGCCCGCCCACUCACAUCUGCCAAAAUGUUGCAUGCCAGUGUGGAAGACAAACCAAACUGCACAAACCCCAGUGUGUAUUUACUUGGUGUACAUAGAUACCUUUAAAAUAAAAAUAAGCUCAAUGAUGA